AAUCGCAGGAAGUGGCUUGGAGAGAGGGUGGCGCGAGAAGGAAGGAGGUUUGGAGGAAGGAGGAGAGGAAGGGCGAGAACACAACGCAGGCUGUGUGUGUUUGUGCUGAAGGAGAAAACGGGAAGAACGUCGUUGAAAAGAAGAGAAACGGGGGAGAAAGUGUGCGGGAGAAAGAGGAAUAGAGAGGGGUAGGAACGUGUGUCGUUGACGUGAUUACGAGUGACGUGACGUGACGUGACGUGACGUCGAGGCGUCGAGAUGCUCCUGGAUGAGAUGGCCGCCUCCGUUCACACUCUGCUGUCACUGCUUCUCGUCCUCGGUGGUUGUACGCUGUGCAACGGCAGGAUCACGAAUCAGGAGAUAGUGACAAUGACAGAUGCGGAGGCAGUGGCAGGUGGAAUUGCUCAGUUACCAUGCGACGUGGAACCUCCAGUCCCCGGGGACAAGCUGCAUCUAGUUAUUUGGUACAAGGAGGAAGCAGACGCACCGAUAUACAGUUUCGAUACGAGGGGUCGAAGCAACCUAGAACAAGGGAAACACUGGCAGGAUAUCAGCCUCGAAAAUCGUGCCUUCUUCAGAUAUUCAGAACACCCCGCGAAACUCAUUCUCGAGAAAGUCGGUGAGAGCGAUGCUGCCGUUUACAGAUGCAGGGUCGAUUUCAAGCAAUCCCCCACCAGGAACAGCAAAGUGAAUCUCACGAUUAUCAUACCGCCGGAACAGCUUAGCAUAUUGAACGAAGAUGGAACGUCUCAUAUUCCCUAUUACAUCCUGGGCCCGUACACCGAGGGCGCAUCUCUGAAUAUUACCUGCGACGCUACUGGUGGUCGACCUCAGCCAAGAGUGACGUGGUGGCAAGAGAACGCUCUUCUCGACGACACUUACGAAACUAUUGAAACGAAGAAGGUACGAAAUGUGCUGCGAUUGGAAAAGUUGGGUCGUGAGCAUCUGAACACGAUUUUAACUUGUCAAGCUUCGAAUAACAACAUGGUCGCUCCGAUAUCCAGUUCUGUUACCCUCGAUAUGAAUCUGAAACCAUUGUGGGUCCGUAUGCAAGAGAAGAACCGUCCACUUAGCGCUGGCACUAUAUACGAGAUCAUUUGUGAAGUGGUUGGGGCCAGGCCGACGCCGAAAAUCACGUGGUCCAAGGGUAGCAUAAUGCUGAGGAACGCCAGACAAACGAUAAGCCCCGACAACAACGUCACCACCAGCGUCCUCACGUUCGUGCCGAGUAUCGAGGAUGCGGGCAAGUUCCUCUCUUGCCACGGGAGCGUGCAGAAUAUCCCGGAUUCCGAGAUGAAGGACGAGUGGAAGCUCGACAUAUACCACGAGCCGGUGGUUACCCUCGAGCUCGGCAGCAAUUUGAACUUGAGCGCAAUCCGCGAGGGUAUCGACGUUUACUUCGAGUGCAAUAUCAAGUCGAAUCCGUGGGUGUACAAGGUCUCCUGGCGGCACAACCGUAAUCCGUUGUAUCAUAAUCAAGCGACUGGAACCAUAAUCAGUAAUCAAAGCCUGGUACUGCAGAGCGUGACUCGCAGUAGAGCUGGGAUCUACACGUGUAUUGGCAGCAAUCAGGAAGGCGAUGGAGAGAGCAAUCCACUGAAUCUGGACAUCAAAUUCGCCCCUGUUUGUCAUCACGGUCAGGUGAAGGUAUUCGGUGUGGCGCGACAGGAAACCGCGAGGAUACCGUGCGAGCUCGAGGCAAAUCCACCGGAAGUAACGUUUAUGUGGAAGUUCAAUAACACAAUGGAGACGAUCGACAUACCUCAAGCACAAGUCAUCAGCGAGAGAACACGUUCCACGGCCUCUUACACACCAAUGACCGAGUUAGACUAUGGUACUCUGCUUUGUUGGGGUACAAAUGAGCAGGGAACGCAACUUGAACCUUGUGUCUAUCACAUUGUCCCAGCUGGUCACCCGGACACACCGCGCAAUUGCUCUCUUUUGAACCAGACAAUAGACUCGCUGUACGUGGAGUGCAUCGAGGGGUUCGACGGUGGUCUGCCGCAGAAGUUCACGAUACAGGUGGACCGUGAGUCGGGAACAAGCAGCACAUCCUCGAAACCGAGCACCACGGUUUACAAUCAAACGAGCAAAGUGCCAUCGUUCUCGGUCGGAAAUCUCGAGCCGGGGACCACCUACGACGUCCACAUAUACGCGAGCAACAGCAAAGGUCGAAGCGAGAGCGUCCAUUUCCGUGCAACCACCCUGAAUCUGCCCGAAAGGCGAACAGGUGAGAAGCUGGCGCAACCCCCUCCCCCGGAGAAUUGUACGAUCAGGGAAGAGAGUCGGACGACGGUGAGGGUGAGCUGCGCCGAGAGCGAGUUCAUCGAUCCUCGGACUGCCACCUAUGUCCUCCAGGUCUUCGACGCGGACACCAGGCGUCUUUUGGCCUCCGCGACUAGCAUGACGCCUAGCAUGCUCGAGAUCACCGAUCUGCCCGCGGAGAGGAGUUACUCGGGCCUGGUUCUCUCGCUGAGGAUCAUGACGGAGCACACGAUGAGCGACGCAACGGUUCUUCACAGCCCGCACUAUGUUCAGGAGGGUAAGAUAAAGGAGCAUCAAGCAUACCCAGCUCUCACGCCAAAGAUACUGUCGCUGUCCGGACCACUGUUUGGCAUGGUAGUCGGAUCGACGGCAGGUGUUCUACUAGUGGGCUUCGUGAUAACCCUGGCGGUGAAAUUACGGCUUCGAGCAAGGUCUCAGGAGGACAAGGACUCUCACGACGACGGUGGCAUGGCAAACCUGGCCGCGUCCGGUACCGGCAGCUCCUCUCCACGUGAUAAAUCGUCGACCCUGCCUCUCAAUUCCGACAGCAUUGAGAGUUUCGAGAAGGAUCCAGAUAUAAUUCCUCACGCUAACGAAAAUUCUUACUCUGAAUUGUGCAAGAGUACUUCACCACGUUAUGUAUUACAUCAGCCACGAUCGGAUGCAAGUACUUUUACCAAUACAAGCAACGGAUCAGAGUUAACGUACGCUGAGUUGUCGCUUCGGGGUAACCGACGAAUACCUCCUAAUUGUUAUCAGCCAGUACAGGUAUCCAAUAUUCAACGACCUCAACUGCUGCCCAUGUCGACUCUGACGCGUAGACAACCUAUCCAGGAACCGACGAUUUACGCGCAAGUCGCCAGUCAUUCUAAGCCGAUUUAUGUGCCACCUCCACAUCCAUACAUGAGUCGUAACAAUGACGAGACCACAGCAGAAACUCCAUUAAUCGGACAUGACAAUAAGAUUACUACCAUCAGCCAAUCUGGUAGCUCAAUAUGGCGUACCGAUACGCCACCAGUCUCAAAUGCACCAACGACAUGAUUCUAAAAUUUUCGAUUAUAUUCGAAGCAACGUUCUACUCUUAAUAAACGUUUUUCCACGCACCGUUAAUUACAAAAAAAAAGUUAAACUCAUUUAAUAGAACAAGAAAAAAAAACGAAAAAGAAAAGACUACCGCACGAUGUUCCUCGUAGAUCAUUUACGCGGAACGACGCGACGUGUAUGAUAUGUUAUCGUUAAACUUUCUCGUACAUAUGUUACAGAAGGUUCUCAAUAAAUAAUGAAGAAUGAAAGUAAUAUAAAAACACACGCACACACACACCCACCCACACAAAUGUUUGCGCGAAGUAUAAUACGAAUAUAUUAUAUAUGCUUUCCGAAUGAUUUGUGAUAGAGUUAUUAUUGAAAUGCGGGAAUGAUUGUCUCGAAUCGCGAUGUCUCGAACUUCUUGUCGAGAUAUCGAGAAUUACGAUAUCUCGAAUAGAAACGAAUUUUUUGUUUCGCGGAUAAAACAACCGAUGGCGCAGUAAUCGACAGUAAUGGUUCUAAUAAUUGAAAAAUAUUAAUUUCGUUGAUCCUUCUCAACCGUCCGUAAAAGAAGGGAAAGAAAACAAAAUGAAAAAAAACAAUUGAAAGAAGAAAUUGCAAAAUUUUCUAUCAUAAUUCAUCAAUUCGAAUUGUAACAAUACAAUGUGUUCUCAUUGUACACUUCGACUUAAUUGAUAAAUGGAACACAUUUACGAUACCACGAAGUACAAUCAAGACGGCGAAUCCCUAAUUGUUUUUUCGUUCAGUAUUACGUCUACAAAGUAUAAUUUGUAGAAAUGCGUUAGAAUUAAUGAGAUGAUAUUUAUGUAUACAUAUAUUGAGCCUGCGUCGAAAGUUAAAACGUCUCGAGGUGUUUUUCCGCAGCUUAAUUAUUUAUUGUUAAACAUAAAUGACGCGAAAAAUUUCGUGUACAGAUUUAGAUAAAUGCGGUGUUAUUAUAACGAUGUUAUCUAAUCAUGAAUAGAAUUUAAAGAGAAAAAGAAAGACAGAAAUUUUAAAAUUUUGGAAGUGAUAAUAUACACGUUUGUUGAUUAUAUUAGACUCGUUCUAUAUGUUCGAUCGUUGCUCAUUUUUGAAGCUUUAACCGUCCCUGAUGGAAAGAAAUGAUUCUUUUUUCUUAAAUGGAAUAGUUAUUUACUAUUUGCGUAAUUUUUGUUUAGUCUAAAUCAUUUAACCUAGAAAAUGUUAUAUAGUAAGGUGAUCGUAUCGUUACAUUAAAUAAGAAAAAAUCAAGGAAUAAUUAAAUAAGAAAAAAGUAAGGUGGAAAUAUGUUAAAAUGGAAUAAUAUAUUGAAAUCGUCUUCUCACUUCCUUUAAAAUCGUUAUAAAUUUUAUAAUAUAUAUAUAAUCGAAACUCUAUCACAAAACCAAAGUACC